AUGCACAGGCUAUCUAGACGUUCCAUCUCUGCUCUUGUGCGCUCCGGCGUUGUGCGUCACCGGAAUGCUACCGCCCCGAUUUGUGCUUCUCACAUUUCCCGUCUAGCGGCGGGAGAGAAAAAUGAUAGAGUGAGACAAUAUUCUGUUUUGACCACCAAAAAAUGCAGUCCCACGAGAUUGACCAAGUCAUUUAACCAUAUAAAUGAGCCAUUUUUGGGAGUCAGGUAUGAAUCCACAGCUGCGGCCUCAGAUUCAUCCAAUCCUUCAUCUGAGAAGUAUGAGUACCAGGCCGAGGUUAGCCGUCUCAUGGACCUUAUUGUUAACAGUUUGUACAGCAACAAGGAAGUUUUUCUUAGAGAGCUUAUCAGCAAUGCAAGUGAUGCCUUGGACAAGCUGCGGUUUCUUAGUGUUACGGAGCCAGAACUUUUGAAGGAUGCUGCCAAUCUUGACAUUCGUAUUCAAACUGAUAAAGACAAUGGCACUAUUACAAUUACGGACUCUGGAAUAGGUAUGACUCGCCAGGAACUUGUCGAUUGCCUUGGUACUAUCGCACAAAGUGGAACUGCAAAAUUUCUGAAAGCUUUAAAGGAGAGUAAGGAUGCUGGCGCGGACAGCAAUUUGAUCGGUCAAUUUGGUGUUGGAUUUUAUUCAGCAUUUCUCGUCUCUGAGCGGGUUGAGGUCUCAACUAAAAGCCCAAAAUCUGAUAAACAAUAUGUAUGGGAAGGCGAGGCCAAUUCUAGCUCAUAUACCAUUCGAGAGGAGACAGAUCCUGCGAAGCUCAUCCCCAGAGGAACUCGUCUAACCUUACAUCUCAAGCGUGAUGACAAGGGGUUUGCUCAUCCAGAAAGGAUUGAAAGGCUAGUCAAGAAUUACUCCCAGUUUGUUUCUUUCCCAAUUUUCACAUGGCAAGAGAAGGGGGGAGUCACUACAGAGGUUGAGGUGGAUGAGGAUCCAUCUGAAGCGAAGGAUGAUCAAGAUGAGAAGGGAGAGAAAAAGAAGAAGACCAAGAAAAUUAUAGAAAAACACUGGGACUGGAGUCAAACAAAUGAAACUCAGCCAAUAUGGCUUAGAAGUCCUAAGGAAGUUACUACAGAGGAGUACAAUGCUUUCUACAAGGCAGCUUUCAACGAGUACCUGGAUCCUCUUGCAUCUUCUCAUUUUACUACUGAGGGUGAAGUUGAGUUCAGGUCUGUACUAUAUGUGCCUUCGAUUGCUCCCAUGGGGAAGGAUGAUAUGAUCAAUCCCAAGACGAAGAAUAUACGUCUUUAUGUCAAACGUGUGUUCAUUUCUGACGACUUCGACGGUGAACUGUUUCCUCGAUACUUGAGCUUCAUCAAAGGUGUUGUGGACUCAAAUGAUCUCCCAUUAAACGUCUCGCGUGAGAUCCUUCAAGAAAGCCGUAUUGUGCGAAUCAUGAAAAAAAGGUUGGUGCGCAAGGCUUUUGAAAUGAUCAAUGGAAUUGCAUUGAGCGAAAACAAAGAUGAUUAUGACAGGUUCUGGGAGAACUUCGGCAAAUAUAUUAAACUCGGUGUCCUUGAAGAUAGUGAGAACCACCAGCGACUUGCUCCUCUUUUACGAUUUUUCUCGUCUCAAAGUGAAGAUUUGCUCAUAAGUUUGGAUGAGUAUAUUGAUAAUAUGAAGCCUGAUCAGAAGAACAUUUAUUACAUAGCUGCUGACAGUGUGAACAGUGCUAAGAACACACCUUUCUUGGAGAAGCUUCUCGAGAAGGAUCUUGAGGUUCUCUUCCUGGUUGAUCCAAUUGAUGAGGUUGCUAUCCAAAAUUUGAAGAAGUACAAAGACAAAGAUUUUGUUGACAUUAGCAAGGAAGAUUUGGAUCUAGGUGAGGAAAAUAAGGACAAGGAGAAAGAACUGAAGCAAGAAUUUGGUCAAAUCUGCGAUUGGAUACAGAAAAGGCUGGGUGAAAAAGUUGCUGGUGUUCAGAUCUCAAAUCGUCUGAGUACUUCCCCUUGUGUUCUUGUCUCUGCAAAGUUUGGUUGGUCUGCCAAUAUGGAAAGAUUGAUGAAGUCACAAACAAUGGGCGGUUCCUCUAGCUUGGACUUUAUGAGGAAAAGGAGGAUCUUUGAAAUCAAUCCUGAGCAUCCAAUAAUCAAAACCUUAAAUGAUGUAAGCAAGAGUAGUCCAGAUGAUGAAGAUGCUUUAAGAGCAGUUGAUCUGCUGUUUGACACUGCUGCUGUUUCGAGCGGUUUCAUGCCGGAGAAUCCUGCACAGCUUGGAGGGAAGGUCUACGAAAUGAUGAGCAUGGCUCUUUUGGGGAAGUGGGGCGCAUCUAAUGGCAAUUUUCAGCAACAAGCAACCUCAUCAUCGUAUGUUCCUGAAACAGUUGAGGCAGAAGUAGUUGACGUUCCUCCUGCUGAAGCCGGUGGUCAGAAGUCGUAA